GAAAGAAAAAAGCAUCUACCACCACCAUACCACUACCUUGGGUUUGCUCAAAUUAUUGAUAUCAUACCCCAACGAUGCAAAGCAUAUCCCGUUUGAUGCUCUGGCAUCGGCUAAGGUCCCUGAGUCCCAUUGGCCUGACUACCCCCCAGUUACUGGUCCACACUCGCACAUGCAUGGCCUUUUUCUCCUCCUCUUCUCUCCUUCAGUCUGGCCAUAAUCGAUGGAGCAAGAUCAGGCACGACAAGGGCAGGAAUGAUGCGAAUAAAGGCGUUGAAUUCUCCAGGCUUUCCCAGGACAUAUGCACUGCGGUGAAGGGUACCAUCUCCCAUACACUUAUUACAUUACCAUGAAGGCAAUAUGCUUACAAAAAGCUCUUAACCAGGUGGUGGCCCAGGUCCCGAUAACCUUCGCCUAUCAGCGGCUUUAGUCGCUGCGAAGAAGGGUGUGAGAAAUCUCUCGGGCUUACAACACUUCUGGGAUAAAAAUGAAACAAAACCUCUAACACAGCAACAGCUGGAAUGUCAAAGGAAAAAAUGGAGGCAGCCGUGAAGCGUGGUCAAGGCGUUUCUGCAUCUGGGGCAGCUCUGGAAUCGGUUCAGAUCGAAUGCAUGGGGCCGGGAUCUGUUGCAAUGAUAAUGUUUGUCCUGUCCACGAUUUACAACCAGUAGCCGCUUGUUUGGUCACCUAUUAAUCACGGGAACAAUAAUCACAAGUAUAGUGAAUGCCAGACUGACAACAAGCUCGGCUGCCUAGCCCGUGUCAAACUCAUUCUGCGCAAAUACGGUGCCACGGUAACACCCACGUCAUAUUUAUUCACCCGCAGAGGGAUAAUACGCCUCUCCACCGGGGAUAAUUCUUACGACACUCUGCUGGAGUCUAGUAUCGAGAUUGACGGGACGGAGGAUAUCAACGAGAUCGAGCCUGAGGAGAAGGGCUCCAAGGUUGGGGUUGAGGUUACCACGGAUCCUGCCAAGACUGUUGCUGUGGCGGACGGGCUCAAGAGCCGGUUAUCGGGUGUGGAGAUCCUGAGGAGCUCUAUUGGAUGGGUUCCGAACGGAGAGACCCUUGUCUCAGUCGAUGAUGAGAAGGCUUCUGAAGGGUUGAUAAAGCUAAUAAGUCUGUAACGCCUUAAUAUUUUAUUUUAUUUUCUACGGCUGGGUAUACUAAUUCGAAUGCGCGAACCAGAUGCCCUGGAAGAAAUGAGCGACGUGAGCGAAGUGUAUACAAAUAUAAAAUAAGGCAAUAUAUCAUGCCCUUAUUAUACCUUGCUCGAAGUAUCUCUAACCGACACAACGGAUUAUCGUGUGUGAUUCAAGGCUACCGUCAAGAGGGUAUCAAAUAAUCACCAAUGCCUAGCUCGGAGCUCAUUUUUUAAGAAUGAAAAGACAUGAAUGAAGAGAAACAAAUAACCAUGGGCACCCCCAUGCCAGCGCUCCAAACCAGACACCGCAAUCAACUCGAUCAGCCAGACAACAUAUGAAAAGCCCCUUAAGAGGCUAAAAAUGGUCAGCCAAAUUCUCAUCCAAGACCAAAGACAUCACGGAUGAGCAGAACAGCGCACGGAAAUACAAAGUCCCCACAGCAAGUCCAGAAUUGCCCUCGUUCGUUCCCACUACUUCAGUGCAAACCUCACUUUCUUAGCGUUUCUCAAGGCAGGUUCGGUAUUGCCGCCAUCUCCCACUGCAUCGCGGGUGUAAACACAUCCAUGCGCAACUUUACCCUCAGGAAUAACCCCCUCGCAGAUUCCGCACUUGGCCGCUGGCCUUCUCCCGCCAACCAAGAGCCUCACAUGUGGAAUCCUGAACAGCCAAACCUUCCCCAUCUUUGGAUGGACUAAAGCAAUCCACCUAUCAUUAUCAAACGAACGCCCCAGCUGGUCAACCUUAACGCGGGAUUUACAAAUCACGAUGGUAUUCGCUGUAUUGGUCUUCGCUACGAGGCCCGCUGCCACCUCCACGAGGAGGAUUAUUUCCUCUUGGCGGCUGUCAUCCUUGUUGACGGGAUCUUCGGAAAUGAUGGCGCCGAUAUCGUGGUGGUAGAUGUAUGUAUCUUCAGUAUUGGAGUUCAAGAGGACGCCAUUUGCCGGAGUGACUCUCCUGGUGGUGGGGAUUGGGGGUGCGAGGCUGGGGGUGAGAGGAGCAGGCGCUUCGGAGGACCUAGGGAGCUGGUGGAGUUCUCCUCUGCGCGUGGGUGUGGGUGCGAGUGUAGGAGAGGAGGAGAGUUCACAGGGUGAGGCGGUGGUCUCCGAGUGGCGAGAGCGAAAACAAGGAGUAGACAACAACAAUGUUGGGGAUUCUGGUAUCUCAAAAGGCGCCUGGGCCGUCCCAGCGCCAGAAAGCUUGACAGCGGAGGGCUCGGGCUCGGGAUCUGCGGGCUCGUCAAGCUCCUUGGAGCGCCCGGAGAGCCUGGAGAGCCUGGAGAGCUCCUCAAGCUCAGAGAGGUCGGAGAGUUUGAGACGCUUGGGGUACGCGGGGAAGGGAGCAUAGGGAAGCCUAUUUCUUCUAGUAGCGGCUAUUAACGCGGGAUUAGUCCAGGGUGUAAUCUAUGAUAAUGGGGUUUUCCAUAAUUGGUGUCGUAGGCCAGUUUUCCGAUAUAGCAGGGGUUCAUACCUUUGGCCUUGGAUCUCGUGGAGGCUGAGUCCAUUUUUGCGUAAUCGAGCAUAUUUUUUAUUUUCCUCUGUCGGUUCGUUUGGGAGAAGCAGGGGUGGUAGGGUGAGGUGUGUCUUAUGAGGCGGAUGGGGAAUUUUUAUGGGGUGUUUGUCAGUAUGAUAACUCCCCCCACGGGAGGGCCGCCAUAGAAAAUUCAAGCAACUCCCAUCCCUAGGAAACUCACACUACCUUGGUACUGUACAGCAUCC